AAUGAUUCAGAAACUCGACUACGCUCACGGAGUGUAUCAGAUAUGUAGCGUGUGUUAUAAGCGUGUGGCAAUACAGGCUAUGUCACAUAGUGCUCAGCUUCUGCUCAGCAUGUUGUCGUUUUUCUGGAGAAACGGAGUGGAGACACCGGAGCCGCUUAAAGCAGACGUGACAGGCUCCAUCCCACCAUGGCUUCAGGGGACACUUUUGCGCAAUGGACCUGGUCUGUUCUCAGUUGGUAACACUUCAUACAAGCACUGGUUUGAUGGGAUGGCACUCAUUCACAGUUUCACCUUUAAAGAUGGUACGUCGGGUGGGCAAGAACCUUAUGACAUUUAUGGAAAGUACUACACUGUUGCAAAAAUUUCCAAGGGGAUGUAUUUUACAGGAGUAAAUUCUUGAAGAGUGAAACGUUCAAAAAGAACACCGCUGCCAAUAGGAUCGUUGUGUCUGAGUUCGGGACCAUGGUGUAUCCAGAUCCAUGCAAGAAUAUAUUCUCCAAAGCCUUCAGUUACCUGCUGAACGCCAUUCCGGAUUUCACAGAUAAUAAUCUCAUUAACAUCAUAAGAUAUGGUGAAGAUUAUUACGCAUCUUCAGAAGUCAACUACAUUAACCAAAUUGACCCUAUGACACUCGACACGUUAGGAAGAACGAACUACAGAAACCAUAUCGCCAUCAAUUUGGCAACCGCACACCCUCACUAUGAUGAUGAAGGGAACACGUAUAACAUGGGCACUGCCAUUAUGAACUUUGGCAGACCGAAAUAUGUUAUUUUUAAAGUGCCCGCCAAUGCCUCAGAUAAAGGGAAUAAUAAGCCAGCCCUGAGGAAGGUGGAACAAGUUUGCUCCAUUCCUUUCCGCUCCACCUUGUACCCAAGCUACUUCCACAGCUUUGGCAUGACGGAGAACUACAUUAUCUUUGUGGAGCAGGCCUUCAAGCUGGAUAUCCUCAAACUGGCCACAGCUUACUUCAGAGAUGUCAACUGGGGCAGUUGCCUGAAAUUCGACAAAGAUGACAUUACACUGAUCCAUCUGGUCAAUAGGAAGACUGGGAAAACUGUGAGCACGAAGUACUAUGCAGACCCAUUUGUGGUCUUCCAUCACAUCAAUGCCUAUGAGGAAGAUGGCCAUGUCGUCUUUGACCUGAUUACAUACCAGGACAGCAAUCUGUACAAUAUGUUCUAUAUACACAACAUGAAGCAAGAUGUCGCCAAGUUUAUAGAGACCAACAAGGACUUCUCUCGACCAACAUGUCAGCGGUUUGUCCUUCCUCUCAACAUAGACAAGGAAGCUCCACCAGACACCAACCUGGUCAAGCUGCAGGACACAACAGCCACAGCAGUGCUGCAGCAGGACGGCUCAAUCUACUGCACGCCUGACACUGUUUUUGAGGGUUUAGAAUUACCAGGUAUCAACUACAAAUUCAAUGGUAAGAAGUACAGGUACUUCUUUGGCACCAGGGUGGAUUGGUCACCCUAUCCAAGCAAGAUCGCAAAAGUGGACAUAGUUACCAGGACACAUAAAGUGUGGACAGAGGAGGAAUGUUACCCAUCCGAGCCAGUGUUUGUGGCAUCUCCUGAUGCUGUUGAAGAAGAUGAUGGUAUUAUCCUGUCUUCUGUGGUUUCAUUCAAUCCCCAAAAGCCACCUUUCCUUGUGGUCCUGGACGCUAAGUCCUUUAAAGAGAUUGCUCGCGCUACCAUUGAUGCUGCUAUUCAUAUGGACCUGCAUGGGCUUUUCAUCCAUGAGAAGUCUACCUAAAAUGGACAUUUAUUAGAGUGGAGGAUUUAAAGAAUAAUUCUUAUUUGUUUAUUUUUGUAAAAAAAAAAAUAUAUACAAAAUAUAAAAAGAGAAAUCAGUAUAUUAUUACAUUAUUAAACAUUCAUAUAUUAUUGUGAAUUAUAUUUUUACAGACAUUCUGUAAAAAAGUCUAUUGUUACAUUGUAACAUGAUUAUAUAAAAUGAUCUCUCCUUAAUUGUUUGUGACAAUUGAAUGAAUCUUAAGUGAAAAAAGCAGUAAAUCUUGUAAUUUAUUUCUAAUCUAGCCCUUUAAUAAACCUGGCACUUUAAAAAUAUGUAUUGUCUUGUCACAGAGUUAAAAUGUUUCUCAUUUGUAAGUCCCUUUGGAUAAAAGCAUCUGCUAAAUGAAUUAUCAGUUUUAUGAUAAUUUUAUAGACAUCAUGUAAACAUGCUAUUGUGAUGCAUGCAAUUUAAAUGACUAAUAAGAUGAUCUGUUCUUAACUGUUCAUUGAGCUGUAAUUUUGUGUAUUGUGGUGCCAUUGAAGAGAAAUGUUUCUUUA